CUUACAAAAGAGAAUAUUUUUACAAAGGAGUUUUUUUGUUGUUGUUGUUUUUUGUUUUUUUACAGAAUUUUAACAGAAAAUUUUAGAUGGCAGUACUCUCUGGCUUUGUAUUUGUUUCUAAGUCCAGGUACCAUUUCCUGGAUAGCUCUCAGUGCUAUAAGAAGGGAAGGGAACCUAACUUUGGGCUCACAGACUGGGAUUUACUUAGAAGUGCUGGCAUUCUGUGAAAAAGGCUCCACUGAAGAUUGGCUGCACCAACCUGCUUUCUGUCACCUUGGUGAAGAGGGACCACAGGCUACUUUGGCCUUUCUGUGUUACUGCUCUCUCUGUGAGAUGGGAAUACAGUGUUACAAGGCAGUAGUCAGAGCACAAUAAUUUUACUUCCUUUAGAGAUGAUAGUCCUAUUAGGACAUUUUAAGGUAUAUAUUCAUAUUCCAAUUUUCCCUCUUGAGUUUUUUAUAAAAGUUUCCACUUUUCCCUCAAGCAUUAGCCAAGGCAUUCUGUUUAUUCAUUCAAUAAGUAAUCCCCACCAUGUGCAAUUAUCACUGCUAUAUUAAAGAGUUUGAUGAUUGGAUUUAAAGUUUGUAGGUGGGCUGCAGGUGUUGUUCAGUGGUAGAUCACUUGCCUUUAAUUUGCAAGGCACUAGGUUUAAUCCCCAUUAUUUCAAGAAGUAAAAAGUGCAUGCGUGUAUCACAUUGUGUGCAUUUGGUGUUUUUGUCAAGUUCGUCUCCUUUCUGUCAUCAGCCCAGUGAUUUGAUUUGUUUUACUUUUACAAAGUUCUUAACAUCAUAUUCUUAUGAUUUAAGGGUUUUUCUGUUACUGUAUAAGUUCCUUGAAUUAGCUUUUAAACUUUCUUAAACAUACCCAAGUGCUGUUUGUAAAAUAGGAGGGUUAAAUGAAUGUAUAGGUUGUCAAAAGAAUCAGCUCUUAAUCUUUGCAGUGUCUGUUUUGUGUAGGCAAAACUCUGAUUCUGUUGUACUGGACACACUAAAGAGUAAAUGCUUGAACAAACAGCUGUGGGAUCUUAGACACCUUCUCCAAGGUGUGUGCUCACCUGGGUUCUCCAAGUCUUACCUCACUGCUCUGAUUGAAAUAUCCUUCCACUUCCCACAGUGACUUAAACUGUAUUCCCCUGCCUGCACCAUUCUUGUAGCCAACACUAGCUGCCUUUUCAGGAGACCAGAGACAUGGCCACUGAGAAGUUAGCAAAUGAAAUGAUGGGUUUCAUCAUGACCUCUUCUUACAGCUAAAGAAGUAAACAGGUCAUGGCACGUUUAACAAAAAGACGACAGGCGGACACAAAAGCUAUCCAGCAUCUUUGGGCAGCCAUUGAAAUUAUCAGGAAUCAGAAGCAGAUUGCCAACAUUGAUCGUAUUACAAAGUAUAUGUCCCGAGUCCACGGUAUGCAUCCCAAAGAGACCACCCGGCAGCUGAGCUUAGCUGUGAAAGAUGGUCUUAUUGUCGAAACUCUAACAGUGGGCUGCAAAGGCUCAAAAGCUGGUAUUGAACAGGAAGGAUAUUGGUUACCAGGAGAUGAGAUUGCCUACAGUACGCAGCCUUUCUCCAGGACAGCAGCCCCAGACAAGGACUGGGAAACAGAAACUCAUGACUGGUAUUGUUUUGAAUGCCAUUUGCCUGGAGAGGUGUUGAUAUGUGACCUGUGUUUUCGUGUGUAUCAUUCCAAGUGUUUGUCUGAUGAGUUCAGGCUUAGAGACAGCAGUAGUCACUGGCAGUGCCCAGUUUGCAGGAGCAUUAAGAAGAAGCAUUCUAACAAGCAGGAGAUGGGCACUUACUUGAGGUUCAUCGUCUCCCGCAUGAAGGAGAGGGCUAUAGACCUCAAUAAAAAAGGGAAGGACAGUAAGCACCCGAUGUACCGGAGGCUGGUCCAUUCAGCUGUGGACGUCCCUACCAUACAAGAGAAGGUGAAUGAGGGGAAGUACCGGAGUUACGAGGAGUUCAAGGCUGACGCUCAGCUGCUUCUUCACAACACAGUGAUCUUCUAUGGAGCAGACAGUGAGCAAGCGGACAUUGCAAGGAUGUUAUAUAAAGACACGUGUCACGAGCUGGACGAGCUGCAGCUUUGCAAGAACUGCUUCUAUCUGUCAAAUGCACGGCCUGACAACUGGUUCUGCUACCCUUGCAUACCUAAUCAUGAGCUGGUUUGGGCUAAAAUGAAAGGUUUUGGGUUUUGGCCAGCCAAAGUCAUGCAGAAAGAAGACAAUCAAGUUGAUGUUCGCUUCUUUGGCCAUCACCACCAGAGAGCCUGGAUUCCUUCUGAAAACAUUCAGGAUAUCACGGUCAAUGUUCACCGACUGCAUGUGAAGCGCAGCAUGGGCUGGAAAAAGGCCUGUGACGAGCUGGAACUGCAUCAGCGCUUCCUCCGUGAAGGAAGGUUCUGGAAGUCUAAGAAUGAGGACCGAGGUGAGGAAGAGGCAGAAUCCAGUAUCUCUUCCACCAGUAAUGAACAGCUGAAGGUCACUCAAGAGCCAAGAGCAAAGAAAGGACGACGUAAUCAGAGUGUGGAGCCCAAAAAGGAAGUAAGUUGCCCGCCUCACAGUGUCCAGGUGGCAAUCGAAAGAGGAAAGAGUCUCAAAGUACGAUCAAGACAGUCAAGUAAUAUCCGUCAAGUUAAGGCCCAGUCUCCCGACUCCUGUCGUUGUGGACUGCUGCUCGACCAGCACGCCAGUGCACAGUCUCCGUCCCCAGAACCAGAGCCGGAAACGGAAGCAGUAAGUUCCAGCCAGGAAAUCCCCACAAUGCCUCAGCCAAUUGAGAGGGUGUCAGUGUCAACCCAGACUAAGAAGUUAAGUGCCUCUUCCCCACGAAUGCUGCAUCGAAGCACCCAGACGACGAGUGACAGCGUCUGUCAGAGCAUGUGCCACGACAAGUACACCAAAAUUUUUAAUGACUUUAAAGACAGGAUGAAGUCAGACCACAAGCGUGAAACAGAGAGAGUGGUCCGUGAAGCGCUGGAAAAGUUGCGUUCUGAAAUGGAAGAAGAAAAAAGACAAGCUGUAAAUAAAGCUGUAGCCAACAUGCAGGGUGAGAUGGACAGAAAGUGUAAGCAGGUGAAGGAAAAGUGUAAGGAAGAAUUUGUAGAGGAGAUCAAGAAGCUAGCGGCGCAGCACAAACAGCUCAUUUCUCAGACCAAGAAGAAGCAGUGGUGCUACAACUGUGAGGAGGAGGCCAUGUACCACUGCUGCUGGAACACGUCCUACUGCUCCAUCAAGUGCCAGCAGGAGCACUGGCAUGCAGAGCACAAGCGCACCUGCCGCCGGAAGAGAUGAGCCUGCCGCCACCCUCACACGCAGCGGUUUUUGUUCCCAAGAAGCCAAAAUUGUUUAGAAUUUGCUUCCCAUUUUGCACCAGCCUUUAAACACUUUUCGUGGUGAAAUUUUGCACAGUAGUUUAAAUCUUUUGUUAAUGUUCCUCCGGCAUUUUUCGGGGGCUGAAGUAACAUCAAUGGAGGGUAUUACUCUAAAUAAAUCUAAUUGAGGAUUUGUUGCAUUUUCAGCAAAUUUUAAAACAUUUUUAGGUUUUACAGAAAUUUUAACCUUUAAACAAACAACAAAUCUAAAAAAGAAAAAACCGACGACAGGUGACUAAGAGAGAGUCUAGCAGAGACAGAACAGAGCUGAAUGUAAGGCAGCAGAUGCUUCAGAAGAACAGACUACCUGGCCGUGACCUGGCCGCGACCUUGCUGAGCUGGUUUUGUGCAGCUUGCUCACUGUCCACAGGCCUUGCCUGUGGCUGUGCUGGCGGCAUGUGAUUGAAUAUAGGGAACAGGGUUGACACAGCAGGGCUAGCCCUGCAUAUUUUUUCUUAAAUAUUUCCCAAUUGUGUUUUCAUUAUUUCUUUUCAAUAUAUAACUUUUAUAACAAAUUAUUAGCUUUGAUCUUGUAGUUUAAAAUUUGCAGGGAAACUGGGGUAAUCUUUUACUGAGCUGGAUCUUAGAGAAAAAUGAAUAUUUAAAUUUUAAAGUUUGCACAUUUCAUCUUUGUCCUGACAUGAGUGCUUGUAACAAAAUCAGCAGCAAAAACAAAAAUCAAAAGCCAAAAACUACCUGUACUCAGAACACGGAAUUACAGCUGAGGCAUAUGAGUUUAUAACUGAGUUCCCUCCCACCCUCCCUCCCCAGUGCCACCCUAACCCAACCUGUGUCUCCUACUCAGAGGGAGAGAGCACCUGCGUGCCACAGAGGCCGUUGUGUUGUAGGGGAGGGUCAUUGCUACUAACGAAUUCCUCACUGUACACAGUGAGAAUGCAUGCUAUGUUCCUUGUAUUAAAAAUACCGUGAUUUGUACAAAGUCUGUAUUCUGCGGGAUGUCUGGUUAAGAAGCAUUACUGGUAGGAAUGGAUCGAUAGUUGAAUAACAUUUUUUUAUACAUAGAUAUAUAAAAGACAACCAGGAAAAUUAAAUUUCUUUAAAACUAUCUUACCAAUUGUUUUUUUUUCUCCUCCAAGACUCAUCACAGACCAAACCAAAUUCCUACUUAAUCCUUUAGUUAUUUUUUGAGGUUAGAGAAAUAAUUUGUAAAUAUUUAUUUAGACCUUUGAUAUUUAUUAAAGCAAUUACUCACAACAGAAGUGAAAGAGUUGGGAGAAAAGCCUUUAAGACAGUUUUCUCCGGUCCAUCAGGGUCACUCUAAAGAUGAAAGGAAGGAGCCGUCUGUGAGACCUCCUCCACCCAGUGCCAGUGCUAUUGCAGACAGUGUAACUACUGCCACACGGGGCCCGCUCUUUUAUAUAAACCACCCGUAGCCCAUGAGCUUCCCCAGGUUAUACAGGAACUGCAAUAGCUUGGCCCCACUGCCCCCUCCUCGCUGCCGUGUACCAUCACUGCUGCUGCGCUGCCCGAACAAGGACACUUGACGGUCUUUGAUUGUUUUCAGGUUUCCAGACGUCGAUCCACCCCUGUGAGAGCAAGUUAUUGUGGGAAUAUUUUUGGUGUAAAAUCAUUCCAGAGUAUGUACUAUUUACCUGAUAGCUGCAUGAAAGUGAGGUUCCUGUUACUUUGGCUUCUUGUCUCUGUCGACACGGCUGCACAUUUCCAAGUUACUACAGUGUGAAAACUGUGUGUUUAAAAAAAAAAAAAAACAAAAUUAAAAAAAGAGAUUGUGGCCUGGUUUUGUAAAAGUUUUAGGUAAAAUUACAAUUGAUUGUUUUAGGAAUCAUUAAAAUUUUCUGCAAUCCUAAAGCUCUAUCAAAGUGUUGAGUUUACCACUCUGCACAUUGUAAGUACCAUUGUGGCUGUCCGGUCCUAUGAUGCCUCCUGGCAUUUUGUAAGCUGCUCUGACUAGCAAUAUAUAGAUUUCAUUUACUGUGUUAACAUUGGUUAAUAAAUGUAUUUAAAAAACU